UAAGGGCGUGCUCUCAGCUCAGUGAAAAACCUAAAACUUGGGUGCUGGAUUAAUUAUUUCGUAAGGAGAGUAAAUGGAUCGUGUUAGCAACCUACCAGACGAGGUUCUGUGUCAUAUACUGUCCUUUCUUACGACAAAGGAGGCUGCUUUGACGUCGAUUCUCGCCAAGAGGUGGCGCAACCUUCUUUCGUUUGUCCCUUGUAUUACUAUUGAUGAUGACUCUGUGUUCCUGCAUCUGGAAGAGGGUAAAAAGGAUAGGCAAGACAUUAUACAGAGCUUCAUGAACUUUGUGGAUAGAGUUUUGGCGUUGCAGGGUAACUCUCCCCUAAAGGAAUUCUCCCUCAAGUGUUUUACUGUGGUUGAUACGGAUCGUGUGGAUGGUUGGAUAAGCAAUGUGCUAGCUCGUGGUGUUUCGGAUCUUGAUCUACAGAUCAUUAUUCGUAGUGACAAAUGGAUUUUCUAUCCGAUGUCACCAAAAUGCUUUGAGUGCAGCACACUAGUUAAGCUGAGCAUAGGCUGUGGGGUUGAUGUUACUUUGGCUGCUGGUCGAAUUUUCUUACCAAUGCUUAAAACGCUGGUUCUUGUCUGGGUUAAGGUUUGUCCUAACGAGUUUGAGACUCUGCUUCAUGCUCUGCCUUCUCUUGAGGAAUUGGUUCUGGUUCGUGUAAUUUGGAAAGAUAGGGAUGUCAUAGUGUCAAGUGCAAGCGUCAAGACCCUAACAGUAAACUUACGCUUUUGGUUAAACACUUUAUCAUUUGAUACACCAAGUCUUGUUCACUUUGAGUACUCUGGUUCUGCUGCAUGGGACUAUCCAGUAGUUAAUAUGGGAAACUUGGUUGAUACUCAAAUCGACUUCUACUUAAGUCAACUCUAUAUCAAGCAACUUGGAGCACCAUAUAAUGACGAAGUUGCUCUUGGAUUUAGUAAUGUGUGGAAACUCUUUCAUGGCAUACGAAAUGCUCCUCAUCUUAGCUUGUUUCCUGAUGCUCUUGAGGUGCUUUCUAUGUGCUCUGAAUCGUUGCCAGUGUUCAACAACCUUAAUUCAUUAGCUAUUAGGAGUGACAAGGACCGCGGAUGGCAAGCAAUGCCAGCUCUUCUAAGGAACUGUCCACAUUUAGAAAAUCUUGUCAUUAAGGGUCCCGUGCACCGUGUGACAGAUAAGUGUGGGGAUGUUUGUGACUGCAUUUCUCGGGAGGACAAAGGACUUUCACUCACACUUUGUCCAGUAAAAGUGAUAGAGAUUUACGGGUUUCAAGGAACAAUGAAAGAGAUGGCGAUGAUAAAGCAUUUCUUGGACUAUUUUCCAUCUCUGAAGGAGAUGGAGGUGUAUGCUGAAGAGAAUAUUUAUCCUACGCAGCUAGGAGGAAACCAACGUGUCUUGGAGAUGUUCGAACUCUACAACAAGUUCUCGAGUUGCAAUGUCCAGCUCUUCAUAUGAAGUGGCUGAAGAAC